UUUUAAAUAAAAUUCGAUGUAAUACGUUGCUGCAUAUGCUUUGUUGACUUUAGGAGGAAAAGCAAAUCCAAGUAUUAGAAUUAAUUAAAUUCUUAUUAGGUGAAGCAGAUGUAAAGGGAUUAUUGGCUGAAGUUGGUGUAACAGGAUCAGAUGCUGAAAUAAAGACAUUAGUGGAAGCUUUGAAAGGAAAGUCAUUAAAAGAAGUUAUAACAGAAGGAUUGAAGAAAGUGGGAACACUUUCAUUAGGAGGAGGAUGUAAAAUAAGGAGAUAAUAAUAUAUUUAGCAUCAUAGGCAUCUGCUCCAGUUGCUGCAUAAGCAUAAGCAGCUAAAAAGGUUGAAGAAAAGCCAGUUGAAAAGGCUCCAGAACCAGAAGAAGAUGUUGAUAUGGGAGGUUUAUUUGAUUGAUAAAAAAAGUAAAAGUACAU